AUCAUCCCAACCCCAUUUGGUCAUUCAACCGGAAGGAAGAAACACCGAAAGGGUUCUCAUUAAAGGCUGAGAAAUCAUGAGCAGCGGUUCAUGCAACACGGGCUGUGGCUGCCCCGUUCCAUGCCCUGGUGGGGUUUCCUGCAGGUGUGCAACGGGACGCAGGGAGGAUGAUCCCAGCAUAGAACACAAGCGGUGCUCGUGCGGGGAGCACUGUGGCUGCAACCCUUGUGCCUGUCCUAAAGGUACCAAUAUCACUGGCACUGGAAGAGGCGCUUGCCAAUGUGGCGUUGGUUGCAACUGUGUGACUUGUGCAGCCUAGGGGGAGGGUUCCUACUUGCUCGUAUGCAUGUUGAUGGAAGGUCGUAAUCUAGUGAUGUAAUGUAAUAAUAGACUAGUAGUUCCCACGUAGUUUGUUUCAAGUCUAGACAGUGAACUACGGGCACCCUUUGCUCUGAUGUAUUCUCCUAUUCUGCAUGCUAUGAAAUCCUUGUCACUACGUGAAGGAUGUUACUAAUAAGCAAUUUCAAGUAUUUAUUACUACUA